AUGUUCCCCUCGUCAGCGGCGAUGCUGAAGAAUCUGCAGCAGAGUGCAAUGACCUCGCCCUUCCUGAUGGAGAACUUGCUCCAGAGCAAGGCGUCGCCGGGUGCGGACCUCACCAGCCUGACCUUGAACUGGGCGGCGAGUUUAGUGGCGCGACAGCGCGAGAGAGAGUGCGAGGCGAGCCUGAGGAUCGCGCGGGAACGUUCGUCGCCGAAUGAGCUCGCGUCCUCGCAAGAACAGCACCAGCAACACUUGGAGCAGCGAUCGUCCGGCGCGAUCGGCUCGCGCGACCGCUCGUCGGCGAUGAUGAUCGACUGCGGUCGCGACCAACAGCAGAGGUCGUCUGGCGCCGUCGUCAGCGGUAGAUCCGCCGCUGAGCGGCUCCAGCACGACCGGAUGCAGCUGCUGCAGCAGCAACAGCAGCAGCAGCAGCAGCAGCAGCAGCAGCAACGCGCCGACAAAGAGACUCUGGAGCGCAGCCAAGGCGUUUACGUGGACGUGGAGAACGAGAGGCUCGAGGGCCACGUAGUGGUCGACCGGCUGUGCGCGAUGGAGAGGCUCUGCAACGAGAGGAUCGACAAUCGGUCCAACUCCGGCGUGGAGUCGUGCAACUCGAACGUCGACGAGGACCCGAUGCCGGGCGAGCUGGAGGCCGGCCUUCCAGCCGAGAGGGAUGAGCUGGUGCUGGGCGAGCGGGUCUCCGCGAUCGAGAUAGACAGACGGUACGACCUUGGAUGCAGAAACGUCAUGCACACGUCCGACGAGAUGACGAUCACCGGGGAGAGGGAGACGGCGGCGGUGGCAGCGGCGGCGGCAGCGGCGGCGGCGGCGGCGGUCGAGCGUGCCGUCGACAGAAUAGGCGAGAGGACCGUCGCCGCUUGCUCCUGCGGCGACGAGCAGUGCUCAGGACCUGCCUGCAGGACCAUCCAGGAGAAGGAGAAGCCGCAGCUCAAGUUCAGCGUGAGCGCCAUACUCGGCGGCAAUCACGACAGGAGGCCGCAUCCCGACAAUUUUCAAGGACUCCCGCCGGAAGCGAUACCCGCCUUCCUGCAAAACCUGCAGAACUCGGCGGGCUACAAUAUCGCCAAGCCGAUCGCGAGGCCGGCGGCUUAUCACCCCUAUCACAGGCCGAGCCAUCAGCCACCUCAGCGACACUUGCCGCCGAACGCCCAUCACACGCUGCAACAACUGUUCUACAGAGGUCCAUACUUGACAGUCGCUGGUUCCGGCACCGGAGGUCAUCAUCCCGGCACACCCGGCGGUGGCGCCGUGUUUCCGGGCGCCAUUCAGGGCAGCAUCGGCGACUUCUCCGGCACCGGUCUGGUUUUUCCGUGGGCGACGAAUGCGCGUGGCAAGCCGCGCCGGGGGAUGAUGAGGCGAGCCGUUUUCUCGGACCUCCAGCGACGCGGCCUCGAGAAGAGGUUCCAACUGCAGAAGUACAUCAGCAAGCCGGACCGUAAGAAGCUCGCCGAGAAGCUCGGCCUCAAGGACUCGCAGGUGAAGAUCUGGUUCCAAAAUCGACGUAUGAAGUGGAGGAACAGCAAGGAGCGGGAGCUGCUGGCGACCGGUGGCUCACGCGAGCAGACGUUGCCGAACAAGAACAACCCGAAUCCGGAUUUGAGCGACGCCGACGGCGAUAGGCCGAGGAUGGACCUGAGCGACGUCAGUCCGCUCACGAGCCCUCAGAGGCCCGAAGAGCAGACGGAGAACGAGGAGGACGAGGAGAUCAAUGUCACGUGAUAAAACAACCUCGCUCUGUCCGGCGUAUGUUCCCCCGUGCAGCUCGAGGAGAAGUAGUAGACAAUUCUUAAUUCCGGAGGCAGACCCAAGUAUACAUAUACAUAUACCGGCUGGACCAAAAAAUAAAUUAAAAAAAGAAAAUGAAAAAGUCACGGACAUAAAGCGGAUUUUGCGGUGGAGACGCUCGCGGAAAAAUCGCAAAUAGAGAGAGAGAGAGAGAGAGAGAGAGAGAGAAGGAGGAGGAGAGAAGAGGGAGAGAUUCAAAGAUUUCCUCGUUUCCGACGCGUUAUAUUAUAUAUCGCGGAUCGCGAUUUUCAAUGCCCGUCGAUCAUCGCCGUUUCUUCUUGAGCUAUACUUUGGGCCAUCCGGUAUGCGUUACAGUCUAACAACGAAAAAUGUGCAAAGGGGAGAAGACGAAGGAAUGAACGAAAGGGAAGGGAAGAGAGAGAAAGUAAGAGGGACAGAAAUAUCGCGCCAGUUCGAAGGAGAUUGCUGUUAAUUUUAACCGUGCAUUUUCCAGUUGUCCGAUUUUUCAAUUGCCGACUGUAUUUCCGGAUAAUUGGAUCGCUCAAGCGCGCUCCAGAUUCAUCGUACGGCAGAAGAAACCCGAUCAAUCUGCGCGACGCUAUGUCAUCUACAUUCAUGGAAACUCGCGUGACAUUCUUGUGUUUAAUGAAACGUUGAGUGUGUUUAGUCCGGCCAUAGAAGCAUCGGCUGUUUCUUCUUAUUUCACGAGGGAGGCGAAGAAUUAUACUCGUAUAGUUCCGCAGUAUUGGAUAGAUGAAUAAAUAUAGAUGUUACCACUUGAAGAUAGUCCGAACGUUAGACGCGAUUAGUGGACCAGCUUUAACGACGAUAAACGACAGAAAUAGCGGCAUACCCGAUCGAAACGGACAUCUCGAAAGCAAAACAUUCAUUCCUCGCGGCCUCGCAGAUGAUUGUUAAUUAAUCCACUUUACUACGACGACUACGUAUGUAUUGGGCGAAAGUAUUGCGAUGUUGAAAAGCGGGAAGAAAAUAUUAUACAUUUGAAAAAAUUUAUAUCGCAAAUAGAGACUUACAAAGAAGGGCAGCUUCUACUCCCUUAUUCUUCGCAUGCAUAAAUCGUAAAGCUUAAAACAGCACCCGAGAA